AUGCAUUUUUUUUCUAUUUUGCAAGGUGUAAAGAAGGCAGUGAGCAAUGUCACCUCGAAGAUCGGCCCAGCGCUGGUCGGCAAGGAUCCCGCAGAUCAGCAGACCAUCGACAAGGUGAUGCUCGAUCUUGAUGGCACCGAGAACAAGACCAACUUGGGUGCCAACGCGAUCUUAGGUGUUUCGAUGGCAUGCUGCAGAGCUGGAGCUGCACAGAAAGGCAUUUCUUUGUACAGGCACAUCAAUGAGCUUGCUGGCAAGCCUCCUAUGUGCAUGCCAGUGCCUUGCUUCAACGUCAUCAACGGUGGCGUUCAUGCCGGGAACUACUUGGCUUUUCAGGAGUUCUUCCUGAUCCCACUGGGAGCGACAACUUUUGCGGAGGCAAUGAAGCUUGGCUCGGAGACAUACCACAACCUCAAGAGCAUCAUUAAGAAGAAGUAUGGCUUGGACUCCACAGCAGUGGGUGAUGAGGGCGGCUUUGCACCUGCUGUCAACGAUGCAGAAGAGGGCCUGAAGCUGCUCUUGGAAGCCAUUGAUCAAGCAGGGCACACAGGGAAGAUCUUGAUCGGCUCUGAUCCAGCAUCUUCAGAGUUCUGGAAGGGGGAGGAGCAAAAGUAUGAUCUGGACUUCAAGUGCAAAGCGCCCAGGCCGGAGCAGAAGAAGUCCCGAGAGGAGAUGGUCGCCCUCUACAAGCACUUUUGUGACACUUAUCCCAUUGCCCUUUUGGAGGACCCCUUUGCAGAAGAGGACUUUGAAGGUCAUGCGCAACUUACGGCGAUUGUGGGUGACAAGGUGGAAAUCGUGGGGGACGACCUUUACUGCACAAACACCAAGCGAGUGCAGAUGGGCUUGGACAAGAAGGCCACCAAUGCAAUGCUCCUAAAGGUGAAUCAAAUUGGAAGCGUCACAGAGUCCAUUGCGGCCUGGAAGUUAUGCAAAGACAACAAGUGGGGUGUCUUCGUUUCUCACCGAUCAGGUGAAACCGAGGAUACUUUCAUUGCUGACCUGACCGUCGGUUUGGGAACUGGCCACCUGAAGACUGGCGCGCCAUGCAGGAGCGAGCGUCUGUCGAAAUACAACCAGCUCUUACGGAUCGAGGAGGAGUCUGGACUCAAGUUUUGUGGGAAGCACUUCCGACAGCCCUGGACCUUGGAGAGCUCUGGUGGCUACUAA